UUCAAUUUAUAUUGCUACUUAAUUAUUCAUGACAUGCAGUAGUGUCGCCCACCAUCGCUUUACCAGAGAGAAGCCAGAAAAUAACAAAUCUGCAGGGAGUGCAUUUUUCCGAUUGAAUAAUUAAAACACACACAUAAUUACAAAUAUGAGAGAAAAGGUACUUGCAACAUUUCGUGCUCUGCAUCGGACAAGAAAACUGGUUUUUAAAGACGAUGAACGUGUUCUAAAUGGUAUAUUUUUGUCUCCAUAUAUUCAACUGUUGCCACACAAUUUUUCUCAUUCAGCAUUUGUUUUCAUUCUGCCAUCAGCUGCAAGGUUGAAAAUAAAUGAAGAAUUUAAAAAGAACAAAUCAAUAGAAGAUACAGAUGAAAUAUCAAAGUUGGUGAAAAUUGGUGAGGAUGCAGAAUUGUUUCUGAGAAAGAAAGUGGUUCAAGCAGAACACAAAUCAGAUGGAAUUGCUGAGCUUCACUUGAGAAAAGAUGUUUUACUGGAUAAUGCAAAGUUGCUGAAAAAUAAUCAAGAAACUGGAAGCUGAUAGUUACUGCAUAAAAAGAAAAUUUUUACAACCAUCACCAGGUUUGAUGCACAUCCAACACUAAAAUAGCAAAAAGAAUAUUUAUUUGAUCUGUCAGAUUUCUGUAGGAAAUUAAUGCAAGUGGUUUUUAUAAUGAUAUUGAUAAUAUUAUUAAUAAACCUGUAUUAAUUCCUGUUUUACUUAACUUUAUAAUACCAUACAUUGAAUCGUUAGAACAUUCAUGAGGUAAAAACUGUCAGGGUCCCAUCAAAAUGUUGUACUCUAGUCAGGGACCAUAAAUUCUUGCAAAUACCGGUACUACAAGAGAGUGUAUGAACAACAGAUAUCAAUGCUUAUGUACAGGAGGUAUUUAUUACCUGCACAGUAUGUACAAUAAUUUCAUGUAUAGGCCUAUAAUAAUUUUAUUGUUGUAAUGUAUGUAAUAUAACAAAUUUUAAUUACUGUACUGUAUUUGGUUCCAGUUGCUAGACACCAAAACAAUUAAAAAGUAUUGCAGCAAUGUGUACUGUACAUU